AUGACUGAAAGUGGCUAUCUCCAACAUCUCGUCGAUGAUAAGAUUACCAUGGCUGAAGGAGAUGAACUCAUAUCCAUCUCUAGCAACUUAAUCGAAGAGAGACAGCGCAUGCUACAACAACAUAGAGCUGAAUUUAUCACGGAUGAAGGAUAUGAAACUUACCUUUCGGAGAGGAAAAGUAUUACUCCAGCAAUAUUGGAAAAGCCAAUGGAGAUAGAAAAAUCUUCUUGGAAUCCAUCUACAUCAACUAUAAAGCGUGGGAGAGCAUCACUGAAAAACCAACAUGGCAAGAAAUCCACGCCAUCAAAGAACAAGCGAAACAAGCCAUCGGAUUCGCAAUGGUCUAAUACAACACAUAUCAAGCAAAUCCAGACGCAGGCAGAGCGUUUACGGAACUUGCCUCCAUUGCACAAGCAUGAAAUAACGAAUCAGACAUUGGCACGCUUGCUAACUAUAUGGAUAAAGAAUCAGGACGACUACAAUCCGGAGGACGACGAGGACCAAAGAAAUAACAAUAACAAUGAAUAUUGA